AUGAUAACCUGUCGUCUAAACCGGCUAGACAUUGUUACGGGAGCCGGUCGCAUUGUAAGAAAACAUAUUUUCGCAUCCGAGAUGAGUUCUAAAAAACCAAAUCCAUCAAAUGUAGUCAAUAAUGAGCUAUACAACGCCAUGACACAAGCCCAAAGGGCAGUUGCGUAUUACAACCAACUUGCACACAGUCAUGGGGUUCAUUGUCAGGUGCCCUAUAACUCUGCACAAUUGAAUUGGUGGCUCCCACCACCACCGCCGGAGCAAGUAUCACAAGCCACAGCUCAUGAUAAUCAGCAGCCCCCACUGCCACCGAGAACUGAUAAUAAUCAGCAGCCACAGCCAUCAGCUACAGUUGAUAAUAAUCAACCGCCGCAGCCACUACCAGCAGCAGUUAGUGAUCAUCAGCAGCCCCCGCUGCCACCGAGGACUGAUAAUAACCAGCAGCCACGGUCAUCAACAACAGUUAACAAUAAUCAAUCGCCGCAGCCACUACCAGUAUCUAAUGAUCAGCAGCUCCCACUGCUACCGAGGGCUGAUAAUACCCAGCAGCUACAGCCAUCAAGAACAGUUGACAAUAGUCAACCGCUGCAGCUACCAGGAGCAGCUAAUAAUUAUCAGCAGCCCCCGCUGCCACCGGAAGCUGUUAAUCAAUUCCAGAAAUCAAUGUCAGCUUAUCAUAGUUUACAGUCGAUGUGGGCACCGGAAUUUUAUCCACCAUCCCAACCAGGUUACUCAGGGUUACCACAUGGUUAUGGUAUGCCACAACUAACCACUGUACAGCCACCACCAACCUAUGUCAAUCAACAGCAACCAGUUGAUUUAUCCAGGUUAGCGGGUGCGCGUCAACCUACACCGUUUCCUGGCCUAUCAUCGGUAUCAGCGGCUGCACCUUCUUUAUUGAAUUCAUUGUCACCGCCACCUCCACGAAAUUCUCAGCCACCACCGCCUCUAAUGAACUCUUCGGUACCAUUACCGUCUUCAGCUAGCUCUUCGGCACCAUUACCGUCUUCAGCUAGCUCUUCGGCACCACCACCAGAGGAAAAUGAUGAUGAGGAUGAUACGCGCUCUGUUCUUUCUCGAAAAGAAAAUAGCCGUCGAAAUUCGGCAGCUGGCCGAAGUCGUGCAAAUUGGCGGGGGCGUAAAAACGCCAGCCAAUCUCAACGUCGGGGAGAAGAAGAAGACAAGGAGAAGGAGAAGGAAGAAAAGAAAAAAGGCAACGGGAGGGGCAAUGACAAUAAAAGAGGCAGUGGCAGAGGGGGAAAAAAUCGUGGAAGGGGUCAACAAUUUAAUAAUAGGAUAAAAUUGACCGUAGUGACGUUGAAGGACUUGUAA